AUGCAGUAUAUAAGUAGAGUAGCUCAUAAAGACGGGAAAAAGCACAUAAACAAUGGGAAAGGACUAAUAAGGGAGAGAAACUCAAUAACUUCACUUUUCAACGAUUUCCCUUUAAGUGCAGCAAUGUUGCUAGAAAACUCUAAUAACAAGAAAAUAGACUAUAAUGACUAUACAAAGUCCGCAACAAAAACUGCCCCGGACGUUGAAAAUAUAACUAAUGCAAUACAAGAAAAUCAUAAUAGUGAAGUCGAUCAUUUUAACUAUUUAAAAGAUAUAUUAAAUAUCACUGAAGGAACCGCAACCGGUAAGAGAAGUAUGAAAUACGACGACCUAGUUGUCGAUAGAAUCGAUUUAAUUGACAUGUUCAAUAAAAGUAAUGACUUAGAUAAAACACCUAACGUAAGCAAUGAAAAAAUGUGGCAAAAUGCUCCGGUUGUAGACAAAAAUGCAUAUGAAAUUCUUACUAAAGAACCUGCAACAGAACCGACAACGCCAAAGCCCAUUUCAGAAAAAGGACUAGUUAAAGUACUUACAAUGUUAACACGUACUUUUAAAAAGAUUAUGAAGCAGCACAACGCUAUCAAAGUAAUUCACGAUCAAAUGAACAACGUAAACAAAGAAUAUGAAGCAAAAAUCGAAGAAAACAAGAAAAAACUUAAUGAUUUUGAUGUGAAAUAUUUGAAUGUCCUGAAAUUAAUUGAAAAAUUAAAUAACUUUCACGAUUGCUUGAAGAACAAGGAACAAAUGUUCAAAAAGAAAGAAGAGAUAAUAUCUAAGAACUUACUAGAUUUUGAGAGUCAGCAAAACAAGUUCUUGGCUCAGCAACAACAGUUUUACAAUAUCCAGAAGAUGAUGCUGUUACAAAAUGAGAAGAUUAAUGAUAAACAAAACUCGAUUGCAAAAAUACAGAACGAAAUAUCUCACAGGCAAAACCAUUUUGCGAAAAUACUUAAAAAGGCUAAACAAAAUGCUCAAAAUAACAAAUACCUUAAGCUUAAUGCGAAUUUAAUAGGACCCAAAGCAGAUACAGAAAAGAAUACAACUAAAUUGAACUAUGUACAACAAUUUACAACAGAACGAACUACAUCAAUCGAACCAAUUAAAAUAAAUCUAUUAUCUAUGCAAUCCAAUAACGUUAUAGAAAAUCAAGAUGAAAUGAUACUUAGGGAGAAAGAUGACAAGUCAGUAGACGACUUAAUUUAUAAAUAUUACUUCAAUAACACUUUUAUUGACACAAUAAUAAAGAACAAAAUACUAGGAGGAAUCCACAUGGGAGACAAGACAAGCAUAGCUAGAAGCGCAAAGCUAGCAUCAAAAAGAAAUCAAAAGAAAUACAAAAAUGACACUAAACCUAAAACAACCAUCCUAUUUCCAGUUGACAAAAUAAGUUUCAAGCGAGAGCGAAGAUGGAUAAACCAUCAUUCGGCACGAAAACAUAGAAAACGACACCAUAGCAAGGGGCAUCCACUCCUAAAAGACGCUGGUAUUAAACAUGAGAGUCUCAAAUCAACUACUGAAGCACAGAAGAUCGUUAAAGAAUCAGAUGUGACAGCAAAAGAUCCCUUUCUGAUGAUGGCGACAAGUUUCUGUAAAGAAAUAGGACAGAAUAGCACAAAACAGAUUUUGGACUGGUGUGUGGAGAAGGCUAUCAGACGAUUGAGCACUUUAGAUAGGAAUAUAAUGGCGCCUAAUAUUGUGCCAAUGCUGCCGCAACAACAGCCGAGUGAGAAGAUUGUUGUUAAGAGUACGACAACCACAGCAACAAUAACAACAACACACGUCACUGAAGCACCUGUCACCGUGGCAACGACAUCACCAGAGUUGUUUGUCAAAGACACUCAAAAAUUUGCAACUAAAAUAGGACUGAGUGAAAACCAAUUUUUUCCAGACAACCAGGAAUUGGAAAAAAAUUUAAAAGCAUUCGAUCUAACUCCCGACACAGCUGGCAACGUUUAUUUUGAUGGAAGUCUACAUGCAAGCGACAUACUUGGCGACAAGCAAAGCGAAGGCUUGUCAGACGUGCUGCCGGGUUACGACAGCGAUUCCAAGGUCGAACUGGACCCGAGAUUUAUACGGAUGCAGCUGAAAAAGAAACAGCUUCGAGCCAAGUAG